GGUCUGCAGCAUGGGCAACAAACAGACUGUGUUUAGUCAUGAGCAGCUGGAGGAAUACCAGGACUGUACUUUCUUCACGAGGAAGGAGAUCAUGAGGCUGUUCUAUCGAUACCAGGACCUGGCCCCUCAGUUGGUGCCUCUUGACUAUACCACCAGUCCCAAGGUGAAGGUGCCCUACGAGCUGAUUGGCAGCAUGCCAGAGCUGAAGGAUAACCCUUUCCGCCAGAGGAUUGCGCAGGUCUUCUCUCAAGAUGGGGAUGGUCACAUGACCUUAGAGAACUUCUUGGAUAUGUUCUCAGUGAUGAGUGAGAUGGCUCCACGGGACCUGAAGGCCUACUAUGCCUUUAAGAUUUAUGACUUCAACAAUGACAACUACAUCUGUGCAUGGGACCUGGAGCAGACGGUGACCAGGCUGACUCGCGGGGAACUGAGUGCCGAGGAGGUGACCCUGGUCUGUGAGAAGGUGCUGGAUGAAGCAGACGGAGACCAAGACGGGCGGCUGUCCCUGGAGGACUUCCAAAAUAUGAUCCUGCGAGCCCCAGACUUCCUCAGCACCUUCCACAUCCGCAUCUGACAUGAUCAGAGGACAAGACCUGGCCCUCUACUCUGCUCUCUGAAUAAAUAGGAAUCAAAAGUG